CUGCAUGAAAGCUUGCACACACACACACACACACACUUGUCUGCUCAAGUCCUCUCUAACUUGUGGACUAUAGGAAGAUCUUUUUUUUUUUACUGUUUCCUGUGGAUCCGAGGACCAAGAUUUGAUCUACUUUUUUUUGUUUGUAUUCUCGUAGAAUCUGUGCGUCGUGACCACAGGAUACUUUUACGCACAGUUAUUUUACGCACACAAGGACAAUGCCUCGAUCUUUCUUGGUCAAAAAGUACUUCGCGAAACAAAAGCCAAACUACAGUGAACUGGAAUAUCAGAAUGAGGCAUCACUGGAGAGGUAUCCUUUUGCUGAAUUCUCAUCAGGGGACACCUCCACCUGCUUCACAACAGGUCUGGUGUGGGACCUGAGCAUGUUGCCCACCCUCUACCUGCCCUCCGCCCAAACCGAGCCCUCUGCCACCCCGGGCCCCCUGGACCUCAGCUCCCCUUCAAGCCUCAGCAGCAGCGCAAGCAGCUGUGGAGAGGAGGAUGAAGGACGCACCUCAGACCCUCCCAGCCCCGAACCUGUGCACACCUACGCACCUCGCCAGCGGAUGAAAUGCACCGGCGUCAUGCCUCACAUCAGUCCCCCUGAGGAGGAGGAGGAGGAGAGAGAGGCCCCCGUCACAGCAGCCAGGCCAGCCUUCCUCUGCAAACACUGCCCCAAAGAGUACACCAGCCUCGGGGCCCUGAAGAUGCACAUCCGCUCACACACCCUGCCCUGCGUGUGCACCACAUGUGGAAAGGCUUUCUCCAGGCCGUGGCUGCUGCGCGGCCACAUCCGCACACACACAGGUGAGCGGCCGUUCUCCUGCCCCCACUGCAACCGGGCCUUCGCAGAUCGUUCCAACCUGCGAGCUCAUCUGCAGACACACGCCGAGGUGAAGAAGUACCAGUGUGGCGUGUGCUCUCGCACCUUCAGCCGCAUGUCGCUGCUUCAGAAACACAGCUCCUCCGGGUGCUGCUCCUCUACGGUGUGAUACACCCCAGAGAGAGAGAGAGAGAGACAGAGUGUACCCAGUCAGAGCUCAGGGCAGUGGAGGGCUAUUGGCCGUGGAGAGGGGGUCUACACAAGCCCAGCUGGCCUGUUGACGACCCAUUUGGCCACUAAGUGCCUGAAGUGGCCUUCUCUCAGAGACACGGAGGGAAUAGAGCCACAUUAUGGAUCUGACUUUACAAGUCGUUUAACUUCUUUGCUCUGUGAAAAAACGUCUGAGGAGCAGACCAAAUCUGAAACUGAGCAAUGCCGACACUCUCUUGUUAUCUACGCCCUUUGUUGCUAUUGUGCCCAUUCCAAAGACCAAAUAUGUAGUGAACUCAUUGGGGUAAGAGGUGUUCUUUCCUGUCUCCGUCCUGGUGCCGGCCAGCUCAGGACCAUAGCCUAGACACAGCUGCUGAGAGGUAGGGGUGCGUGGGUGGAAUAAAUCUCUCAGCGUGCCUCAAAACACACACACACACGCAUUCACACACACACAAAAGCAAAUGCACACACAGCUGUCCCUGGUACUGUGGUGUAGAUAGACGAGGUGCUAACAGGUGCUACAGCCAUGACCUUGCUGGCUGAUAGCAGGUGACUUCCACUGCCCUUGGUUAGCUUAAAAAAAAAGAGGAAGCGUGUCAUCACGAAAGAAUGGCAUCAGUUAGUCGUUUUUCGCCAGUGAGGAUCAUUUUAAGCCUCUAUUUUGUCUACAUCCGAACCAUCUCUUUAAUCUGAUGAUUUUCGGAGAUAGGAGAAAGCCAUGCUGUCUGUUAUUUUCCAAAGGAGCUUCACUUUGCAGCAUUAUGCAACGUGGAUGACAAUGCAAGCCAUGCACUCAAGGUUACCACAGUGUUAAUAAUACCAGCCAAAGCCAUAUUUUGUAACUUAAGGAAUUUGUGCCUUGAAAUUGUAUUACUUUUGAAACCAAAAAUGUGCCUUUUUUACCUCAGUAUUUGUGGUUUUAAAAUAAACAUUGAUUGCAGUAUUAGUAGAAAUUAGCGCCAAACAGUUUGAAAUGCAAGAAGGCUGGGACCAAAGAUUUUUAAGGUUUACACCAUGGAGACAUGGUCGACUAAUAUGAAAUAAGAAACAUGUCAAUAGACAGUACAAAGAUGAAUUUUAACUUUCCUUAACUUUUUAUGGCAGUGUUUAUAGUGCAAUGUGCAGAUGAUGUGUUAUUUCAAUUUUGUACUAUGCUUGUUUGUUCACUCCUAUUUCUUUUAUGUUGUAACUGAUACGUUUUCAUUCAAUAAAGUAAUUUAUGUUUAUUAAAACCUGCUCUGUCAUAUGCAUUAGCAUAAGAAAUCCACACUUGUACAGUUUAAUCUCUCCUUUGAUACAAUGUGGAAAAGGGCGCAGUCGAUUCGUUGGUUAUAAAAGGUCUGUUUGAUCAUUAACUGGGAGAUUUCUGAUCAACGUCUUGAUGUUAGGUGUGGAGAAUGAACCG